CUGGAAUUCUACACCACGAUCCUGAUUAAAUAAUGGUCGACAAUUCACUUUUUCCUGCAGACCAUCCAACAAUAGGUACUCACACAUUGAAACCCUGAAACUACAGCGACGGCUCCGACCACGAGCAUUGCACAAGCCACCACUGUGUGGUGGAGGGUAUACGUGCCAUUGCAAUUGCAACGAACAGGUAAACAGCGAACACACGUACAAAUGCAGCUCUGUGUGCGUGCAACAGCACGUCUGCCGACUGCCACAUUUGUAUGCCUGUAUUGGUUUUCAUUCAAGUUUCGUUGGCGAGCGUCUACGCUAACCACAAGCACGAACAGCCACGACAACCAGCAAACGAUGAUCGACGAUUGACAACGACUACCGACGACUGUGACUGCAACUGCGACACCGCAAGACGACCGACGUUCGACUUCUACUUGUGCUGCUCGCGUCGACGACAUAAGACGGCAGACACACUACUCACUUUGCGACGAACGAUAAGCAAAUGCGAACGUUGCUGGAUUUCGUAUCUUUCAGUUUGUUUGAUCAGUUCGAAAAGUGAAGUCGAAGUCGCAAGCGAAAAUUAUAUUUUGUGCGUUGAACGAAAAACGCCACAGGCACUAAAAGAAAAAUAUAGAAAAAACGAAGACGAGUAAAAUACGAAAAAAUAUACAUAUACUAAUGUGGAUAAAACCUAACUGUAGUUCGAUGCAUAACUUUUAAGGACUCUUCCAUGGUGCAGCCUUGAUUCGGCGAAAAUUUUUAAGUUUUUCGUGUGACAUUUUUUUGUUGGCUGUUUUUGAAGAAAACCCAUUGAACGCCGUUGGUGCGCCGAGAAGUUGGUGUAUUCGCGUACACGAGGGAGUCAAAACUCUACCAGCCAGUUAGAAAAACACGUUUAAAGAAAACAAUACCUCAAAAAUUAAAAAUAUUUAAAUUUACGCUGCAAAUCAAUACUCAGUACGUCUUUAGUUAACGCAUUGUGAAGGAAAAUUGCAGGAAAUUGCCAAAUUUGCAAAUAAAAACUACUUUAAAGCUCUCUCAUAUAACAUAUAGUUUUCCAUUUAUGGUAUGUAUGUACAUAUGUACACGUCAAGCACGGCUUUCGAUGCCAACUAAACGCGCAAAACGUUUAUGAACUGAAGCGCUUAUGAAUCGAGUGUAAAUGAGUGAUUGAACAGAGGCACAGCGACACAGCGGCAGUCAGUUACCAAUUGAACGUUGUAAUUGCACAAAAUGUUGGCGAGACAAACAGCGCCUUAGUUGCUAGAAACAGCCGAUACACGCUAUUUAAAAUAAGCAAAUAAAACAAACACAAACUCACUUAGAUUACAAACAACAAAAAAGACAACGAAAAAUACAAUAAAUAAACAAAAUUGUGCAAAACACGCUCAAGGUGCACGAGUAAAGCGUUAAAGUGUCAAUUACAAACGGCAAAGUGUUGCUUAAGUAACAACAAAAACAACAACAACGAAAUUCACAAUAAAUUCGAUGCCACAACAGCUCAAAAACAACGUCGAAAAAUAAAAAAAAUAUAUACAUAUAUACUUUUCCCUCAAAUCAAAUUAAAUUACAAAAACUUACAAACAAAAUGUUGCCACACACAAUCCUGCUAGCGCUGCUGCUUUGCUGCCAACACCUCAGCACCGUCCGGACGACACGCCUGCCGCUCGAGGUGUACGAGCUGACGGCGGCCGCCGCAGCCAGCGCAACGGUGACAGCAACCGCCAGCAGCGCGGCCGAUGACAGCAGCACCGAUACACGACACAGAAAUUUGGAAUAUGCCACAGUGAAUGCGAAAAUAUUACAGCAAGCACCAGCAGCCAGAACUUUGGCGGUAUCGGCGACAACAACAACAGCAACACAAGCCUUUGCACAAGCGAUUGAAACGGAUUCACAUUAUGCGGCUGCAGGUGCGCCGUCCGUACACCAACACACGCAACUACAACAGCAGCAACAAGAGAAGCAACCGAGCGAUCUGGUUGUGGAUCAACGACGUUCGCGUCAGAUGUUGGAGAUCAUCGAGCAGCAACAACGCGAUCAUCAGCAGCACAAUUUCCAUCGUGAAACGCUGUUACAGCAACAACAACAGCAGCUAAAGCUCUCCAAAACCUCGAGUCCCUUCGCAGUUUACGAAAAGGAUAACAACAGUUAUAAUAGGCAAAGGCACGGCGCAGGUCGUGUGGCCGCUCAGGAUGUUCGUGUGCUUUAUCAAGUCGGGGACUCUGAAGACGAUCUGCCCAUUUGCGCGCCGAACGCCGUUUGUUCCAAGAUUGACUUGUACGAGACACCGUGGAUCGAGCGCCAGUGUCGCUGCCCGGAAGUUAAUCGCCAGCCACACAUCGUGCUGCACCACCACGCCCACCACAGCGCCGGCAGUGCUGGUGAACUGACGUCACACACUGUUACGUCUGCCGCCGCUCACGACAAAUACCGUAGUUACUAUGAGCGGGAGCGUUUGUUGCAACAUAAACGACUGCUGGUUGGCGAUUACAAUGACAAGAAGUUUGAGCAAUUGCAUUUGAAGAAGCUAAUACAGCGUUUGGGUGCGGUCUACGAAGACGAUUUACAUCUGCCGCCAAGUGAUUAUGCGGCAGCAUCGGUAGCUUCACAUGGCGAGGACAAUGAUGCACUGCCGAAUUCGCAGGAGGAUGAGUUGCUGAGUGAAUUGAGCGACAAUGAUUUUCCACACAUGCCAUCGCGUCGUAAUUACUACAGCGUGGAGCCAAGCACGACGCAUAUGCGGCACUCGGGUCACAAUGGACAUCGUGCGAAGGAGCCAAUCAACUUCAUUGGUGGCUGUCCCAGUGGUUUAGGUGUGGAGGAUGGGCACACGAUUGCCGAUAAGACACGUCACUAUAAGAUGUGCCAACCGGUGCACAAGUUGCCUGUUUGCAAACAUUUUCGCGAUUAUACGUGGACGCUUACCACUUCGGCGGAGCUGAAUGUGACCGAGCAGAUAGUGCAUUGUCGUUGCCCGAAGAAUUCGGUUACAUAUUUGACGAAAAGGGAACCGGCGACAGAUGGUGCGAGUGGUUACACAUACCUCUUUGCUUGUUCACCCAUAACACGCAUUCGUUGCCAACGCAAACAACCCUGUAAACUAUUCACGAUACGCAAGCGUCAAGAAUUCCUCGACGAAGUCAACAUCAAUGCGCUAUGUCAGUGCCCGAAAGGGCAUCGCUGCCCCAGCCAUCACACACAAUCGGGUGUUAUACCCGGCGAGAGUUUUUUGGAGGAUAAUAUCCAAACCUAUUCGGGCUACUGCAUGGCCAACGAUUGAUGGUCUUCCACGGUACCGAUGGGCAAAAGGCGACAACAACGAAAGAAAAAAUUCAAAAAACAUAAAAAGCAACAAUCACAGGCAAAGCCGCUGGAGCAGAGCAAAUUUAGAACUGGGCAGCUGACCACAUUCCAAAUACAGUUAAAUGUGGGCAUUACAGUGAAGGCGAGAGUAAGGGUACAAAGAAAAAUAUUUAAUACAAAUUAAACAUAAAAUAAAAAUACACACUUGCAUAUAUACAUAUAUACGUAUAUAUAUAUAAUAUAUGUGUACGUAGGUAUAUAUGCCUAUAUAAGAAGUGCGUGUUGCAGGCAGCCACAAGCGGAAAUUUAGUCAAAAGAAGAAUGUUAAACAAAAAGAAAAAACAAAUAGUUGACUGAGCCAGUUGAGUCUCGUCUUUUUUUAAAUAAAUUUAACUAAUUAAGUAAAUGCAAAUUAGUGUUAAAAAUUGUUUUGCUUACUUAAAAUAUUUAAGCUAAAUUAUAAUUAAUUUAUGAACACGAACAAAUAUGAAUAUUUUAAUAUUUAUUUAUUUAAGCUAUUUUAUUGGUAAACUAAGCGCAGCUACGAAAAGUAAACGACGAGUCGUUAGUAAUUACACACCUAAAUACAACAAAAAGUACAUAUCUUAACACAUGCAUACAUAGUUGGUAUAUAUAUACAUAUAGGGUGUGGAGAAAGUGGAGUUUUGUAAAUUGUAAAUAAUUUCAAGUUUCUUAAAGUUAAAUUAUUAUUGAUAAAAAUACUAAAAAAAAAAAAAACAAAGAAGGCUUAAAAAAGUCAUAAAAAUUAAAAAAAAAAUAUAUAUAUAUAUAAUAUUAUUCAAUGGCCAAGCGUGCCAAUUACAGGGUGCAGUCUUAAGUGAUUCGAUUUAGUUAUGAAAAUCAGGUACUCAGUAACUUACUAAGCAAAACGAGAAAUCUGUUCGAAAAACGAAAAAACACAUAAAGACAAGCUGAAUUGUACCUGAAAGCAGUUUUAAAGGAAAAUUAAAGGCAAAAUGCGAAAGAUAAGCAAACGCGUAUAAUAAAGUAACAGGCAAAUAGUUUUCACCAUAACAAUAAUACACUUGAGCAAAAUAAAAAAUAAUAUUAAAUGAAAUAAGUAAACAUAUUAAUAUGUAAAUAUAAAUUUUUUUUUAAAUAAAAAUCAAGCUAUAACUUUUAUAAUAAAGAAUGGUUUAAGCCUAACUCAAAACAAAAACAAAAAAAAAAAGGAAAAUAAAACAAAAUUGUAAACUAUUAAAAACACAACAAUAUUUAAUUAAAAACUUUUUUUACUUAAAAAAUUAAAAAAGUUCAAAUACUUAUUUUUUAGCCUCCACUGUGCCUACGACUACAUUACGCUACAAUUCUAGCAAAUAAUAACUUAUUCGUUUAGUUUUUAUUAAUUACGCAACUAUUUAUAUGUGUAAAUGAUUAAUUUAAAUUACAUUUAUAUAAAACGAAAAGGAAAAAAAAUGCAAAAAAUAAGCAACUUACGAUACGCGCUAGAACUUAGCCACAGAAAUGCUUCCACAAGUCUUUAAGCCUCUUAAAAUUUGAGCGCAGCAUUAUUUAAUACAAACAUACACACAUAAACUAAAACAUUUAAAUUGGCACCAAAAGUAGUUUGUAAUACAAAAAUGCAUAAUUUAAAAAUAUUUAAAGCUAACUUUAAUUGUAACACACACACACAUACAUUCAUAGACACACAUGUGUAUUAAUAUUUAAUUUAGCUGUAGACUCUACUUUAGGUUACGGUGUGAUUGAGUUUCCUUUCUAUUGCCUUAAUAUAUACAUAUGUACAUUAUAUUUUUUUAUAUUUUGUUUUUGUAUAAAGACCUAUUUAUAUGGAGAUUUGAAAUUUUAUACAUAAUUAUAUACCCAAUGAUGAUUAACUUAUAACAUUUAUUAUUAUUAAAUUAUGAAAUAAAAUAUGAAUAAAUAAAAAAUGUAUCGAAG